ACCUAAGUCAGGUGCCUGGGACGCUUAACUGUAACUCCGUCGAGCAGCCCGUUGAAUCACAUGGGCUCCUUCAGCAUCAGCGGACUGGUGAUGGCCGCAGCUACCCAAGCAGUUGUCGGAUGGAGUGUCGCAUGGUUCCGACCUUGCUUGAGUGAAGCUCACACAAGCUUGCGACAAAAACGGGUAAACAUCUCAAAUCUGAUGAAUUGUGUGAAUCAAGAGCUGGCUCAGCUUCCCUUCACGAGCAAGCUACUGCGAUGAAGGAGUGAAUGG